GGCGGAUGGGGGCGGCUCGGCGGGCCGUGGGAGUAGUUUUUGUGCCCCUUCCUCCAGCUCGGCGGCGCAGGGAUCUGUGCUGUGCUGAGGCUGGAGCUGAAUGAGAUUGAAGAAGAGUUCUUCUUGUUUUGUAGCUUCAGUUUCUCUGUUUUUACUCAAUUUUUACUCAAACUAAAGCCGAAAUCCGGCGGCUGGACGCGGCUCAGCGGGCAGGAGGCGGCCGCACGCUUUCCCGGGCUGUUAUUCCAUCGUGGAUCGGCUUCUUACACAUAUAUAUUUAAUUAAUCCAGAGGAGGACUGCUGCUGAGGCAGCGCAGAGGGGCGGAGUCCAGUCCCACAGCCAGUUGCGGCACUUUAAUGCUUCAGUUGGAUGGUUUUCCUACUGGAGACGGUGUUAAGGCUGAUCGAUCGGCUGGCAGACUGACUGGAUCCAUGAUGGAAUUACAGACGUUACAGGAGGCUCUGAAGGUGGAGAUCCAGAUCCAUCAGAAACUGGUGGCUCAGAUGAAGCAGGACCCUCAGAACGCAGAUUUGAAGAAGCAGCUCCACGAGCUUCAGGCCAAGAUCACAGCUCUCAGUGAGAAGCAGAAAAAGGUGGUGGAGCAGCUGAGGAAGGAGCUGCUGGUGAAGCAGGAGCCUGAGCCCAAGCUGCAGCUGCAGGUCCAGGCCGCCCCAGCAGGGGGCGACAUCAAGCCGGCCAGCCUGCUGCAGAGCCAGCAGAUCCCCGGAGGACUGCAGCAGACGCUAACCGUCACGCCGGUCCUCACCACGAAGACUCUACCUCUGGUGCUGAAAGCUGCCGCCGCCCCCGCCCUGCCCGGCGCCGUCCUGCCGCAGCGCCCGCCCACCGUCGCUAUGGUAACCACAGCUAUCACCAAACCCGACUCGCAGAACGCCCCCAUCAACCUGCAGGUGGCGAGCAAGCUGACCAACCAGAGCGUGGAGCCCGUGCGGCUGGUGUCCAAGAACGCCAUGGUGGUGCAGGCCACCACCACCACCUCCACCUCCUCCUCCACCACCGCCCCCGCCCAGCCAAUCAAAGUUCCUCAGUUUGUCCCUCCUCCUAGGCUGACGCCUCGACCCACCUAUCAGCCACAGGUCAGGCCGAAGCCGGCCACGCCCACCAACGUGCCCAUCGCGCCGGCCCCUCCCCCGCCCAUGAUGGCGGCCCCGCAGCUGCUCCAGCGGCCCGUCAUGCUGGCCACCAAGCUGUCGUCCUCGCUGCCGUCGGCGGCGCCCAUCCACCAGGUGCGCAUCGUCAACGGGCAGCCCUGCAGCAAGACGGGCGCCACGCCGCUGACCGGCAUCGUCAUCACCACGCCCGUCUCCGCCGCGCCCACACGGCUCGCCAGCCCCGCCCAGGCACCCACCGCCGUCCCCGUCCCCGUCCCGGUCCCAGUCCCCGUCCCCGUCCCCGUCCAAACCCCCACCCCGGCGCCCCCCAUCCAGAUCAGCAGCCUGACCCCCGAACCCAAGACUGUUAAAUCAGGAGGAGCAGAGCAGAAGGCCGUGGUGACCCUCCCCCCCUCCUCCACUCCUCCUCUGUCUCCUCCUCCCAGACCCAAGAAGGAGGAGAACCCAGAGAAACUGGCCUUCAUGGUGUCUCUGGGCCUGGUGACACACGACCACCUGGAAGAGAUCCAGAGCAAACGACAGGAAAGGAAGAGGAGGACGACGGCCAACCCGGUGUACAGCGGAGCCGUGUUCGAACCCGAGAGGAAAAAGAGUGCUGUGAGUUACCUGAACAGCCCUCUGCACCAGGGGACCAGGAAGAGAGGUCGCCCACCCAAAUACAGCAGCGUCCCGGAGCUGGGCAGCCUCACCCCGAACUCCCCCUCCAGCCCCGUCCACCCCCUCCCCAUGCCCAGCCCCAGCUCUGGGGAUGGAGACAUCCAUGAGGAUUUCUGCACUGUGUGCAGGCGCAGUGGCCAGUUGCUCAUGUGCGACACGUGUUCUCGUGUUUAUCACCUGGACUGCCUGGAUCCACCCCUGAAAACCAUUCCUAAAGGCAUGUGGAUCUGUCCAAAAUGUCAAGAUCAGAUCCUGAAAAAAGAAGAAGCCAUUCCCUGGCCCGGCACGCUGGCCAUCGUCCACUCCUACAUCGCCUACAAAGAAGCGAAAGAGGAGGAGAAGCAGAAGCUGAUGAAGUGGAGCUCUGAGCUGAAGCUGGAGCGAGAGCAGCUGGAGCAGAGAGUCAAGCAGCUCAGCAACUCCAUAACGAAAUGCAUGGAGACCAAAAACAGCAUCCUGGCGCGGCAGAAGGAGAUGCAGCUGUCCCUGGACAAGGUCAAGCACCUGAUCCGCCUCAUCCAGGCCUUCAACUUCAGCCAGGCCGUGCCAGCGCCGGACGCCGCGCACGUCCGGCCGCCGCCACCGCCGCCGCCCGUCGCCCAGCCGGCUGCGGACCCCGACCCGGCGGACAAACCCACGGCGGCCGGCGCCACCGGCGGAGACGGCGAGAAACAGGAGGAGCAGGGAGCGGCGGAGAGCGAGGAGACGGCGGGAGGAGGAGGCGACCCCACCGCCACGCCGACGGCAGAUGGCAGCCCCGGCGCCGGAGGGGGGGGCGGGGGCGGCGAGGGGACCGGUCUGCAGCAGGUCGAGCCCGAGACUGAGGCGGCGCCGGCCAGCGGCGGCGAUGGCGCUCCCGCCUCCCCGGCGGCCGUCGCCGAGGCCACCACCAACGGCACGGCCGAGUCCAGCUGCCCAGAGCUCAGCCCCGCCUCCAACGUCACCGACUCCAUCGACUCCACGAGCAAGGCGGGCGGCGCCGGCCCCCCCGAGGCGGCGGCGGCGGAGCAGGAACAGGACGAGCUCGGCGACGGCAGCACCAACAACAGCAAAACCUCAGAACCCUCCCAGCAUUCUUUGCCAGCUCUGCUCAGCAGUUUGGACGAUGAGAAGUAACGGCGGCGCCGCCCGCCGCAGGAAGUCUCUCACACAUACACAAACACACACACACACACGCACACACACACACACAUACAUUCAUACACGCACACACAUAUAUAUAUAUUAAAAAAAAAAGACUCCGCUUGCACCGCACGGUGCCCUGAAGUUGCCAAUCUGUAUAAAUGUUGUUUGUUUGCAUCGUAUUGUCAGACUGUGUCAAUGGUAGAUAUUCAGCCCGCGUCACCAGGCUCUGGGAGGACGUAGGCUGCCCCCUACAGGACGGGGGGGCGUACGCACCAGUGUCAUCAUGCCAAUUAGUGAUCGACGUCAUGGAGGGAACGCUCAAAGGGAGAUUUUUCUUCAUCAUCACACCAGUGUGUGCCUGUUACCGUGGCCCCGGAGGGGUGGGGGUUUGGAAGGGGGGGUGGGGGGCGUUCACGAGGCUACGGACAGAACCGACAGUGUGGACCGAGCCGGUCCCCGAGGAAAGCAGCAGUGUUGUGAUAGAAGAACCUGUUCAGUCUUUUGUCCCGGCCGUCUGUGGUCCUGCGACCCUUAUCGACCCCACUGACCCCACUGACCCCCCUGACCCCGAGAUCUCACCCCCUCCCCGCCCCACGACCCCAGACCGCUGACGGACCCCCCCCCCCCCCCGCCCCCCGACAGAGAUAAAGCAGGAAGCCCGAAGGCCUCGUGGUGCGUUCAAGUACCGGGGUAAAGAAUCCCACAGUUAAUGAUCAAAUCCAAUGUUACCUGACUAAACAGUCUCAAAAGUUUGACGUUUUCCUGGUUACCAUGAACGCACCAUCAGUGUGCCUCAGCGUAUUAAAAAAAAAAAAAAAAACCUGGAAAUGACCUAAAAGUAAAUUGAAACCAGAAAACAAAGAAAAAAACUUUUUGAAAAGAAGCAAACGAGGAGAAAAAGGUAAUGGGGAGAAGUGAAGAACGUUCAGAGGUUUACUGAAGAACGGGUAAUCCCAAGAAGGUUCCAGAUCAACCCGUUUCUGUAGCGAGACGACAGAAGUUCGGUUCGAUUCCCGAAACCUGGACUUCGUGCAGACCGCCGACAGUCCACUGUCCCUCUGCUCCCGGUCCAGACCGACCUCCACGCUUCACUUCCUGCUCUGUUGGGGCGUCGGGUUCGACUUCGCGGACUCCUUCGGCCAGACUCGACUUUUCUCGACUCGUCUCCACUUUAUUUUGAAAAGACGUUCCUGCCCUGCUGGUCUCAGACUUCCUGUCUGAUUCAAACGGGGCGACGGGACCUUCGGACUCUCUCCUCCGGAGUUUUUGCCCCUGAACCUGGACGGCGCCGGCCGAUCCGACAGAGACCCCCCCCCCCCCCCCUCCCCUCCUGAGCUCAGGCCGAGCGCGGCGCUCCGCAGGUACGAGGCCGAACAGGUGCGGUAGCCUCAAAGAUGUUUUCAGUGGUGUCGGUCAAGUGUAGUGAUUGAGUUUUCAUUCGUGAGUCAAGUGUGUCAACUGUGAGCACUAAAUGUGAAAUUGCAAUAUUGCAAUGUCAACACACACACACACACACAAACUAUAUCUGGGCUGUGUUUCUUUUUUUAUGGGAAAAGAUAUUCAGGUCUUCCUAGUCUUCAGAAUAAGUGCUUUCUGUUCCUGAACCUGCUGGACGGCAUUUUCCACUCGAAGGAAUCCUCUUUUUCCAAGUGAUGUGCGUUUCCGUUGAAUCCUGAACUGCCAAAACGAUGUAUCCAAAUUCAGCAGGGACUCGUCCACUUACUGUAUUCCAAGAUCAAAUCAUUGGCGUUGUAAGAUACACCAUGCUCCCACUUCAAAGACCGGAAGCCCCCAGAUUGAUCAAACAAUAACGUUACGGGAAGUUCCCCUUCCUCGCCUCGGAGGACCGGUGGUAGGAACCCGCUCCUCCGCCCGGAUCUGGAAGGACGAAAACCACAAAUCCUGAGAUUAAAGCACAAGCUUGCUGCAUUACAAAGAAGUGCUGAAGAGCUUUUUGUAUGUUAAUAUGGAAUUAAACAGAGUAUGCAUCUCUUUGUCGUGAUGUGACUUAUCCCCACAUUGCCAAUAUUUUUCUAGCGGGAGGUUUUGGGACCUCCGUGUGGCGCCGAGGCGGGGGGUCCGGCUCACGGUCCGCCGCAGCCUCGCCAACCCCUCCAUCUGCUCGCCGCCGCGUCUCUCUGCUGUCUGUCGCCGUCCGUCCGUCCGUCUCCUUUCGCUCGUCGUCCGGUGAAUUAGUCGAGAGGUUCUUGUCGGUUCGGGCAAUAAGGAACUCUGGGCCGUUGGAUCGCGGCGCCUCUGGCAGCGCCGCAUCAUCGUCGCUCUCUUGUUCGCGGUAUCGGUCGCUCAGAUCAGAGUCGUCCGACGCGUUGACCUGUGACCUGUCGGAGGUCGCGACCUCGAGGAUUCAGAGGCGUCGUAACUCCUGUGGUCAGACGGAAACCUCUCCGGCGAGUUCUUCCCUCUUUGGCUCCACGACGCUCAGUCGGCACGUCGGGGUUUCCGCUCAGCUCCCGACACCGAACGGCUCGAGCUCGAGAUGUGAGCCAGUUGCCCUCGGGUCCCGGCCGCCGCCGGCCCGGUCGGCGCGGCGUUCCACAGCGAUCCGAGCUGCUGCGGGUGUCGUUCUCCUUCAUAUCACGUGGACUCUUCAUAUCUGACGCCUGGUUUCUGACAUCAGCUGUACAAACUGCCUUCAUUCAGAGGAUCCCAGAGACGGCGAGCGGCGGACCGCGGCGGCGCGUCGGACCGCGGCGGCACGUCACGUCAGACCGCGGUGACGGACGCCGGAGCGAGCCGAGGGCCAGAGGCGCAGCCGGUUGACAGAAAGCCGUGUGAAAGGUGUUGGCGGUUCGUUCCGGAUAUCGUGGGUCGUGUCUCGGUGUCUUCGGGGUGGAUGUUGGUUCUGUCCUCGUGUCCGACCGCGUUCUCUCGCGAUGGAGCCGUAGAACCGUCCGGUUCGGGUUCCAGGCUCCUCCCUUCUGUACAGUAGGUACCUCGAGUGCCUUUCUUCAAACAGCAGAUAAUAUUUGUCUCUUGACUUGCACUGUGACUCGUAGAACCUUCCCCGCCCUCCAGACGAAUCCCGGACCCCCCACCCCCAGCCGCCCCGCCCCGCCUGGAGCUCAAACCUGGUCCCUUCACCUCAGGCUGCCAGUAGUCAAUGCAAGUCCAACCUCCACUUCAUUCGGCACCAUUUUCAUCCACCAGAAAGUGUUUCCUGUUCAUGGAGGAGUUGCCUUAAAUGUGUUUUUUUUUCCUUUUUACAUGAGUAACUUUUACUUUUUGUGGGAAACGACAGAAAAAACCCAGAAUGGUUAAAGGUGCGAGCAGACGCCGGCGGAAGCCGUUCUUCUUGUCGUUGACGGCGACGGCGAGGUCGCGCUCGCCGUCGUUUCCUGAUGCACUUUUCUUUCUCUUCUUCUUGAUUUGACCAGUAUUAUCGUCAGAGUGGGAACCGGUCCCCGUCGGCCUCUCGUCCCGUCGUCGCCUCCGGUCGGCGGUUGUGCCGUUUAGGGUGGAGGCGCAGGCGGAGGCGCGGCGUUCGCUCCGUUGGGUCGCGUGAGCCAGAGCCCGAGCGCGUCUGGAACGAUCAAACUUUUCCCGAUCAGCUUCGUCCGUCCGCUGGCGAGGCGGAGCGCAUGCCUUCUUAUGCAAAUUUUUAUACCAGAUUUGUCAAACCUUUUUUUUAAUAUGCAUUUACUUUUGUUCUUUUUUUUUUACAUUUUUAUUAUUUUUUAUGUGAAACUUCAGUCACCUUUGGUUUUUCUUUGACCCUUCUGGCAUCCUGAUGCCAAACGUGUGCAGUUUGAGUCGCGUUGCGUUCGGCCGGUUCAGACCAUGGAUGUUCAAACGCUGCUGGAGGCUCAGUUUGAAAAAAAUCACCUGAUGAAGUUCACACUGCUGUGUGAAGAAAGGAGUAUUGCAAUACCGACAGUGGCCACCAGGGGCAGAAAUAUCGUACCUUUGUUUUUAAAUGUAUUUUUCCAAAUUUCAAAGUUUCUGGACCAAAAGCAGGUUUGGUGUGGAUAUGUAUUCGUCGUCAUGGGAACAUUAACGCACAGCUUCUGUUUGUUGACGUUGAUGAAGAGUUUGAUCGAUUGAUUGACUGUUUUGUAACAUAAAGCUGCUGUGAUCUCUGAAAUGACCACCGGAGGGAAAAGAGCAGUCAUGGCUGUGAAAAAAGCUCAACAUCUUACCAAGUUUUUUGAACUUGAGCGAAAACCUCUCGUUCCUCUCAGCAGGGAUUUGUAUUCAGACGACUUUUCUUGAAAUAAUAAAGUUUUUAUUUAAGAUAAGUGGGGAAAAAAAGUUACAAUUCUUUAAUUAAAGAAAAGUCAUCUUCAAACAAGAUCCUUUAUCUGGAUGAAAUAUACUUUAUUAGGGUUUGAGUUAGUUUCAAUCAAAACAAGUUAAAACACUGAAUAAGAUUGUGAGUUUUUGCAGCUUUUCCAUUGGCUUUGUUUCCAGUAGAAUUUCAUAUUUAACGGUGGCGUUUGUCACGCUCGCCCGUUCUCCCCGUGGUUUUUCAUCUGGUUGCUUGUUGCUGCGAUUCCCUCUGCAGCCACCAGAGGGCGUCGUCCUUUUCACAGAAGUGGAUCUCUGUCCAGCCAUGGUCUGAGCGGAGGGCCGCUAACGCGGCACGCUAACGGGACGUGCUAACGCAGCAUGCUAACGGCGCGGGGUGGGGGGACGGGCCUCCAACAAGUCUUAGAAAUUUUAAAAAUUGUUCUUAAUUUCAGUGAUUCUAUCCAAAGAACGCCGCUGCUGCUGGACGCCUCCCGCGUCGCCGCCGCGCAUCAUAUCACCCAGACGCUAAUCUCUUGCAUUUACCGCGUUAGCAUCGCGCGUCGUUAACCGAGAGAAGGAUAAAAUUAAAGUUGGUUCCUGUAAAGCGUUUAGGCUCCGACUCAAGGGUACGUUUCUUCUUCUGUUGUAAAAAAAACUAAAAAAAAAACAACUUUUUUUUUCUUCUUUUGUUAAAAACCAAGCGAUCAAGUCAUGAUUGUGGCCUUCUAAGUAUUCUGUGGAUACAUGACGUCGACUCCCGUUCACCGGUUCACCCGCUCAUCCCGCGUCCGGACCCGACCGUAACCCGAACACCUGCAGCUUCUUACCUCAUCCACAGCUGAUUCCAUUGGGGGUGUGUUGAGUGCAAAAAAAUAGAAAAAAAAAAACAAGAAAAAAGAAACUUAAAAAAUAAUAAUAGGAGAAGUCUUUUUUUAUCUUCCAUUUGGUGAGAUGCAUUGUAGCGAUAUGAAUAAAGAAAAAGUUCACCUGGUGUGCUGAAUAAUGUGUAAAUUGGUAAUUACACAAUCUGAAUAUUUGUAUAAUUGUUUGUAUUUUUUCAUAAUGAUUUUGGAAAGGAAUGUGUUUAUUUUUUUGACUUCUGUUCCAGAUGUGUCUUCUGUUGGCCUGACAUUGUGACUGGUCUGGUGGGAUUCUUACCUCUGUAUUGAGCCUCUUCUGUGAUGAAUUCUUUGUAUGCAGUGUUUAGGAAAUACUGUAGGGGAACAUGGGGAGGAGUUGAUAUUAGGAGCAUUUGAUCAAUUUGUAUUUAUUUAUUUUAUCAUUUUGUUAAUAAAUCGUGAAAA